AUGAUAGAUAUUAGAUAGAUAUUAGAUAGAUGUUAUAGAUAGAAAGGAGAUACUGCUCCUCACAUACAGUAUACGGACACAGCACAUAAAGAAUGUAUCUUCCUAAAUUGCUGUGAAAAGCAGAAGUCUCUGUAAACCACGUGAUAAGCAGCCCGCUGUCGUUAACUCUUUCCUUGCAGAUAGGUGUAGUGAGUGCAGCAGGGAUUAGCCUCCUGUCACCUCCGGCCUCCCGUUUCUCCAGGACUUGGCCCGUGUGCAGAGCCCCUCUCCUGCGGCAGCUGGGUGUCCUGAUAGCUGCCUCCAUCCUCCUCCCUCAGCUCUGGUCAGGGUGGCAGCUGGGUGUCCUGAUAGCUGCCUCCAUCCUCCUCCCUCAGCUCUGGUCAGGGUGGCAGCUGGGUGUCCUGAUAGCUGCCUCCAUCCUCCUCCCCCAGCUCUGGUCAGGGUGGCAGCAGCGAAAUACGGAAGUGUGUGGUGACAGCUCGCUGACAGUGCAUGGGGCAUGAGGAAACGCGGCGGGGCGCCAAUUGUGCGACAGUCACAGGAGCCUGAGCAUGGCGUCGCUUUCCAGCGCAGAAAGGAGGGCAUUUGCUAACAAGCUCAACAGGUAUUCCUCUGCAGAAGUCCGAAAAAAUGUCACACUUAGCCCUGGUUUUUUACAUCAGCGAAGCCUCAGUACAGCCAAUACAUCUACUCUCCAGCUACCUCCAUUUUACGACGCUGUGGAUCCAGUAGAUUUUGAAAACUACCUAAUGUCACAUGUUACCAGCCACACUCAUGAACUUCUUCAAGAACUUGGUGCUUUCCCUGAAGAUGAUCUGGACCUUGUGUUUAAACCCAAGGACUGUAGAACACUUCGCCCACCUCUACCUGAAGAUGGGGCUGAGCUGGAUCAACAUGUGAGAGAUUGUGUUCAGAUCUAUCUCCGAGACUGGUUGAUUGUGAGCAGAAAGACACAAGAAAACUCAGGUACGAGUAACUUUAGUAGAAGUGGCUCUAGAAAGGACUUCCAAAAAACUCUUCAAAAACAGAUAUUUGAGUCUGAUGAGUCAGAAUGCAGACAAACUGACCAGGUUGAUGGAGGUCUUGUAAUGAAGUUGUCGAGUGAACCUGAAAAACCUACCAUUACUUCCUGCGAAUUUGACCUACGUGUCUUAAAUCCAGAAAGUCGUCUAAAGAAUCUUCUUCAUCUUACAAAUGUGGACGACCUAGAGAAGCAAACUGAGGAAGCUCGUAAAGCCAACAGACAUGCUGAGAUUUUUGCCCUCAGUCCACCGCUGGAUGAGGAUUAUAAUGUUGAAAUCCGCCCUGUACCAGAAUGCCCAAAGGAGCAUAUGGGAUACAAGAUAAUGGUCAAGCUGCAUACUCUAAAGUUUGACAUUGACAUUGAGCCCCUGUUUGCAACUAUUUCACUUUAUGACUGUAAAGAGAGGAAAAAGAUUUCUGAGAAUUUUCAUUGUGAUCUGAACUCGGAAGCGUUCAAACAAUAUCUGCGGGCCCAUACACCCAGUGUGGCCCCUUCAAGCCAAGCAAGAACUGCAGUGUUCUCCAUUACAUAUCCCUCCACAGAUAUCUUCCUAGUUGUUAAGAUAGAAAAAGUUCUUCAACAAGGAGAAAUCUCGGACUGCGCUGAGCCAUACAUGGUGUUAAAAGAUUCUGAGGGUGGAAAGACCAAAGAAAAAGUAGAAAAGCUUAAAUCUCAAGCAGAAAACUUUUGUCAGCGUUUAGGAAAAUAUCGUAUGCCAUUUGCUUGGAUACCGAUUAGCCUGCAAAGCUGUAUUAAUGAUAUGACUCUGGAAAGAGAAGCAUCGGAAUCUGAAAACGGGAAUGGUAAGACACUAACUGCUGACAGGAGAUCCUCACUCGGGCCAGCAAGGAGAUUUUCCGAUAGAGCGAGCUCAAUAGAUGAAGUCCCAGCAUCACCGUUCAAACCUAUAACAAUUACACAAACUAUGCUCUUUAAGCAGGAAGGAGACAAGCUAAGUGAUGAAGACUUAUUCAAGUAUUUAGCAGAUUAUAAAAGAGCUUUGCAAAAGCGGGCAAAAUGUAUACCAGGUUUGUUGAAGCUUGAAAUCUCCCCAAUUUAUGAUGGGUUGAGCGGCUGUCUUACUCCUGAGCUACUUCCAAUUAAGCCCUUUCCUGAAGGUCGCGCAAGACUAAUUAAGGAGAUUCUUGAGAUUCCAAUAAAAGAAGUGUAUGUUCCACACACCAUUUACAGAAACCUUCUGUACGUGUAUCCACAGAGGUUAAAUUUUGCAAAUCGGCUUUUAUCUGCAAGAAAUAUAACAAUCAAAAUACAGUUUAUGUGUGGAGAAGAUGCCAAGAACGCUUUGCCGGUGAUUUAUGGGAAGUCCAAUGGUCCAGAAUUCCUGGACGAGGUAUGCACUGCUAUCACGUAUCACAACAAGGCUCCUGAUUUCUAUGAAGAAAUAAAAAUUAAACUACCUGCAAAGCUUACAGAAAAGCAUCACCUCCUGUUUACAUUCUACCAUAUUAGCUGCCAGCAGAAACCUGCCACUUCUGUAGAAACUGUCCUUGGAUAUUCUUGGUUGCCAAUCUUGAAAAAUGAUCGGCUUCAGACUGGACUUUACUGCCUCCCUGUGGCAACCGAAAAGCUGCCUGCAAACUACUCGAUGCAUUCUCCAGAGAAAUUACCAGCGCAGCCCACACCUGUUAAAUGGGUUGAAGGGCACAAGGGCGUGUUUAAUGUGAAAGUGCAGGCCGUCUCUUCAGUGCAUACCCAGGACAACCACUUGGAGAAAUUCCUCAUUCUCUGCCAUGCACUGGAAGGUCCUGUGACUUUCCCCAUCCGCGUCUUGGAUCAAAAGAUCACAGAAAACUCUUUAGAGCAUGAGCUUAAACUGAGCAUAAUUCAACUAAGUUCCUCCAGACUAGAACCAUUGGUGCUUUUCCUCCAUCUUGUUUUAGACAAACUCUUUCAUCUUACAGUGCAACCUAUGGUGAUUGGAGGACAAACCGCCACUUUUUCCCAAUUUACCUUUGAAUCAGUGGUUUCCAUAGUGAGUAGCCUUCAUAACAGUAAAGAACUCAGCAAAGACCAGCAUGGAAGAAAUUGCUUACUGGCAUCAUAUUUGUAUUACGUAUUCCGUCUUCCUGAUGUUCAGAAGGACAUGUAUUUAGCAGGUGGAACUAUGGCAGAUGUACGUUACAACACAGUUGGCCGGAUCUCUGCUGCUUCUGUUGGCUCUAAGCUGGCCCAGUCGAGGACAAUGAGCUCAAGUAAUCCAGAUAUUGCAGGGAUGCAGAGUGCAGAUGAAGAGGUCAAAAGUAUCAUGUCCUCCAAGGCUUCUGGCCGCAGCAACAAUCGUAUGUCCUUCUUUAUUGAGUCCAGUAAUGACCUUCAGAACACUAUGGCCAGCACCAGACCGUCUGGUAAAAAGUACUUUCAUGAGGAACUGGCUCUGCAGAUGGUGGUCAGUACCAACAUGGUGAGGGAAAAUGUCUUCAAGUAUGCCUGGUUCUUCUUUGAAUUAUUGGUGAAAAGCAUGGCUCAGUAUGUUCACAUCGUAGACAAGCAGGAGGUCCCUAGAAGAAGUCGCUUCUCCAACCGUUUUAAAGAUGAUAUAAGUACUAUCGUUACUGUGGUGACAUCUGAAAUAGGAGCGCUUCUUAGCAAACCUGUAAAGGAGACAGAACAUGCAGAGAAAAUGAACAUAAGCCUGGCAUUCUUCUUGUAUGAUCUACUUUCCCUGAUGGAUCGUGGUUUUGUUUUCAAUCUCAUCAAACAUUACUGCAAUCAGUUGUCAAGCAAGUUGAAUUCUCUACCAACCCUUAUCUCUUUGAGACUGGAAUUUCAAAAGAUUCUGUGCAGUCAUGAGCAUUAUCUUAACCUAAACCUCUUCUUUGUGACAUCAUCAUCUACACCAGCUUCUCCAUGUCCCUCCAUUUCUUCCGAGAAUUCCAGUUCCUGCUCUAGCUUCCAGGAUCAUAGAAUAGCAAGCAUGUUUGACCUCUCACCAGAGUUCCGCCAAAAACACUUCCUAACUGGACUCCUCUUGACAGAACUGGAUGCUGCACUGGAUUCUGAAGCGGAAGGAAUCAGUAAGGUGCAAAGAAAGGCCAUCAAUUCUAUACACAAUCUUCUGAGUUCACAUGAUCUGGAUCCACGCUGUCAGAAAAUGGAGAUAAAGAAUAAAAUUGCUGCUCUUUAUUUGCCUUUGGUCAGCACUAUUUUAGAUGCAAUCCCUCAGCUACAUGAUUUUUCAGUUUUAGACUCAAAGACUGGAAAAACACGCAGUACAGAUGAAGAACCAGAGACUCCAAAUCUGAUAAACCCGAAUGUUGCUAUGGCAGUUGCAGGAAACCAGUUUGGUCUUAAGUCUUCACCACUGACUCUGUCUUCAGUUCCUCUAAAAAUGUACACCACUCUGAGUCCAGAAUCUACCCGCAGUCUACUAACCUGCUUCCUGUGGAUCAUGAAAAACACAGAACAGAGUGUCAUCCAAAAGUGGCUGGCCUACCUACCCACGCUGCAGCUAAACAGAAUACUUGAUUUACUCUAUAUGUGUGUCUCCUGCUUUGAAUACAAGGGUAAACAGUCACCAGAUAAGGUGAGCACUUUGGCACUUCAGAAGUCCAGAGAUGUCAAAGCUCGUUUGGAAGAAGCCUUGUUACGUGGAGAAGGAGCCAGGGGAGAAAUGAUGAGGCGCUGGAAAACUGCAGGGAAUGACAGAUUUGCAGGACUUAAUGAAAACCUGAGAUGGAGGAAGGAGCAGACUCAGUGGCGCCAAGCUAAUGAGCGACUAAAUAUGACCAAAGCAGACAUGGAGCAAGAAGCCAUUAUGUGCGGCAACCUAGCUACUGAAGCCAACCUGAUCAUUCUGGAUGUGCUAGAAACUAUAAUGCAGGUCAAUUUAUCAGUGGACUUCAAAGACAACCUUCUAGGAGGAAUCCUUAAAGUACUUGUGCACUCUCUUAGCACUAAUCAGAGCAACAUCUACUUGUGUCACUGCUUCUCUUCUAUUCGUCUGCUCAUCAUCAAGUUUGGAGACUUCCUCUUUGAAGAGGAAGUGGAGCAGUGCUCUGAUCUAUGCCAGAAGGUGUUACACCAUUGUAGCAGUGCCCUGGAAAGCACAAGGAGUCAAGCCUGUGCAACCCUGUACCUGAUAAUGAGAUACAGCUUCAGCAGUACAAGUAAUUUUGCAAGAGUGAAAAUGCAGGUAACUAUGUCAUUGGCUUCACUGGUUGGGAAAUCCCAAGAUUUUAAUGAAGCAUACCUACGUAAGUCCCUUAGGGGCAUACUGGCAUAUGCAGAGGAUGAUGAAGAAAUGCAGUCUACCAUGUUUCCAAUGCAGGUGAAUGAACUUUUAAACAAUUUAAACAGUAUUCUGUCAGAUACCGUCAAAAUGAGGGCUUUCCAGAAGGACCCAGAGAUGUUAAUGGAUCUGAUGUACAGAAUUGCUAAGGGCUAUCAGACUUCUCCAGACCUGAGACUGACCUGGCUACAGAACAUGGCAGAGAAACACGUAAAGGUGAAGUGUUACACAGAGGCAGCCAUGUGUCUGGUACAUGCUGCCGCCCUGGUCGCAGAGUACUUGAGCUUGCUGGAAGACUGCAGCUAUCUGCCUGUUGGGAGUGUCAGCUUUGAGAACAUUUCCUCUAAUGUGAUAGAAGAAUCAGCAGUGUCUGAUGACAUCUUGACUCCAGAUGAAGAUGGAGUAUGUUCUGGAAGAUACUUCUCAGAGACUGGACUAGUUGGACUUUUGGAACAAGCUGCAGAGCUCUUCAGUCAAGCAGGAUUCUAUGAGACAGUAAAUGAAGUCUACAAAAUCGUCAUCCCUGUUCUUGAAGCUCAUCGAGACUUCAGAAAGCUCUCUUCCACCCAUGAGAAACUCAAGAGGGCAUAUGAUCGCAUAAUAACUAAGGGGCAGAAGAGAAUGUUUGGCACAUACUUCCGUGUAGGAUUUUAUGGAGCAAAAUUUGGUGACCUGGAUGAACAGGAGUUUAUUUACAAAGAACCAACAAUCACCAAACUUCCUGAGAUUUCUCACAGAUUAGAGGGAUUUUAUAGUAAUUGUUUUGGAGAACAUAUGGCGGAAAUGAUUAAAGACUCGGCUCCCGUGGAUAAGUCAAAACUGGAUCCCAACAAGGCCUACAUCCAGAUUACAUUUGUAGAGCCAUACUUUGAGGAGUAUGAAAUGAAAUACAGGAUGACUUAUUUUGAGAAGAACUAUAACCUACGCCGAUUUAUGUAUACCACCCCCUUUACUCUUAAUGGACGUCCUCGAGGAAAUCUUAGUGAGCAGUACAAGAGGAAGACCAUUCUGACCACAUUGCAUGCAUUCCCUUAUAUCAAGACCCGCAUAAAUGUCAUCCAGAAGGAAGAGUUUAUUCUGACACCCAUUGAAGUUGCCAUAGAAGACAUGCAGAAGAAAACACUUGAACUAGCUGUUGCUACCAACCAGGAACCGCCAGAUGCGAAAAUGUUGCAGAUGGUCCUGCAAGGUUCUGUAGGAGCCACAGUAAAUCAGGGACCACUAGAGGUAGCUCAAGUCUUUCUGGCUGAAAUCCCUGCUGACCCUAAACUAUAUCGACAUCACAACAAGCUGAGACUGUGCUUCAAGGAAUUCAUUAUGCGAUGUGGAGAGGCAGUAGAGAAAAACAAGAGGCUCAUUACUUUUGAGCAGAAGGAAUAUCAGCAAGAGAUGAAGAAAAAUUACAGUAGGUUAAAGGAGAAUCUCCGACCCAUGAUCGAGCGCAAGAUUCCUGACCUGUACAAACCAGUGGUAAAGCCUUCAAGUGAUGCAAGGGGAAUCCUCCAUAGAUCCAGCUUCAGAAAAUAUGACUCGCAGAUGUCUCAGAACAGCUGAUGAAUUUAUGUAGUGACAGAAGACAAUGACACAUGCCAACAACUUCUCGGUUUUGCAUAGCUAUUUAUUUUGUUCAAUAUCAAACAAAAGAAAAUCCAAAUUGUUGAAAGGAACUGAACAAAGAGAGAAAGUAAAGAGUGAAAAUGCUUUUUAUACUGAUAUGUCAGGAUCUGUGGAAACAUGGAGGAUGCGGUACUGGCCAUCACGACCAAAUCUGAGCAAAAACAGAAAAGAUAGGUGGUGGCACACUUUCACUGCCUAGAUCUGUCCUUAUGUCUUGUAGAUAUUAAAGUUCUUGCUUGAACGUUCUUUUUUUAAAAAUAGGUACAAUAUAAUAGGCAUUGAACUAGGUUUAUGCUAAGGUACUGUACCUGCAGAUACUGGGAUGCUUGAAUUACCAGCAAACAGGCAAGUGGAAGUAUUAAAAAGAUAUCUCAAGACUGUGAGUGAAGGGAGAAAUGAUUACCCUGUAUGUCUGCAAGGUAGAUGGUAGAGUUGUAAAUAAAUGUGACAUGCCCAGCCUUUUAUAUGCAGGAGAGCAAUAGUAAAAGCUAUAUUUUUUUUUAUUAUUAGAGUAUAUAAAGUUUUUUUUUAUUUUUUACUAAAGUCUUACUUUCUCUUUUUGGAUACAUAGUUGUAUAGUUUCAUGUACAAUAUGGUACUAUGUUUUGCACUGUGGCUAUGUUUGUAGUACAGCAUAAUCCAUAUAUUUGUAUAUUUGAAUUGCUACGGUCGUACAGUGUUAUUUGGUGUUGUUUUUCAAUGCCAUCAAUAAAUAAAGAUAAAAUAGAUAUUAUUGUAUUAUGUGAACUAGAGAUGUACACGUCACGCCAUGUAAAAAAGACCUACAGUUAUAUAUUUUUGAUUAAACUAUAUGAUUGUGAAUCCUUCGAGACCAUAAACUGUAUAUGAACAAUUAAAGCAAUGCCUUUA